CUCAAACUCACAGUUUGGAUGGUCAGUCGCAGCAACAGCAGGUGUCAGUUUCUCACACCAGAGUUGUCGCCUGCACACGAACAACCAUAAGGCUCAUUAUAUACAUUUAAGUUUGUCACAUCUUGUAUGUCAAAAUGAAUGUGAGAGGCAUUGGGCUGUGGAUGCUGUGUUACCUGGCGCUGACGGCUGCUAUGUACUUUGAUCUGGGUGAGCAGGAGGAGAAAUGCCUUAUCGAGGAGAUUCCAGGCGACAUGCUGGUCACAGGUGAGUUCUAUGGGCAGUUGGAAAGGAGGACACUGUUCUGCAUUAAUUUCACUGUGCUGUAUCUCAGCCACCUUUUUAGAAAAACACAAAAAAAGUUAAAUGGGUUAGCAGAGAUCAUUUGAUAUUCCAGUAGUAUUUACAUCUGGAGAGGUUCAGGCUUAAUUUGCUAAAUCGUCUCUACUGUUUAUGUAAUAAUGGUAUACCCCCAAGCAAUCUAAAGCACACUGAGAUGUAAUAAAACACUUAGAAUAUUGCCUUAUACUGUCUGUGGUAUGUGUUUUUCUCAGGUUAUUUUCUUUUGGAGAAUUGGGACGCAAAACAGAACCUUAACCAUAACUCCCCUCAUCUUGGCCUCACUAUCACCGUGCGAGAUCCAAACCACGAUGUACGUAGGCUUAUAGAGCAGUUUACUACCCAGCCCACUCCCUAAACACAAACAUAUGUUUGCUUGUCCUGAUUACAUAAAACCAUUCCUUAAACAGAGAGAACAUACUCUUAAUCUUUUUCUCCUCUUUGGUUCCAGAUAUUGAUGAAAAAAAGAUAUGGCAGAUUUGGAAAAUUCACAUUCACAUCCCACGCCUCUGGCCCGCAUUGGUUGUGCAUGCAGUCCAACUCAACAAGGUUUUCUGUUUUCGCCGGUGAAAGGCUGGUGAGUUCAUCCACACUUAUACUUUGAAUGCACUGAGUCUGCUGGACUGUGUUGCUGCUCCAUAACCAUUACUGAACAAUGUUCUGAUAUCUCCAUCGCAGAGGAUUCAUUUUGAUGUGCAGAUGGGAGAGCACUCCAUUGACCCCAGUGUUGAGAGGCACAAAGACACAGUCCAGACCAUGGAGUACAGCCUGGAGCAUCUGAGGGACCAGAUCCUAUACAUCACCAGGCAGCAAGACUUCCAGAGGGUAAACCCUACAGUCUUGUCAACAAUGCAAACUAUCACACACAUAGGAAAUAAUCACAAACACACUUUUUAUGAAAGAGUCAUUUUCAAAAUGUCAAGUUUCAGAACAAAGCGGACUAAUAUUUUGAUCAGAACUACAGUUCUACAGUACAAUACAUUGUUUGAUGAAGACAACAAAUAUUACAUUGAGCUACUAGGCCUGUCCUAUUCAACUAAGAACAGUCCAGAAUGAACUAUCCACCACCACUUUUUUUUUGUUCACAGGAAAGAGAGGAGACUUUCCGUCAGAUCAGUGAAGAAACCAAUGGGAAAGUUUUGUGGUGGGCUGUUGUGCAGACUUCCGUUCUACUGUCAGUUGGAUUUUGGCAAAUCAAAAGACUGAAAGACUUUCUGAUUGCAAAGAAGUUGGUUUGAUAAGAUUGGCUUUAGGGGCGGAUUUAUGUCUUGCAGUACAAUGCAAAGUGGCCACUAGAGUCUGCUUUUCCAAAACUAGACUUAGAUCAGUGCUGAUGCAUCUAUUUUACUGUACAUUCUUCUUGAGACAAUGUAUGGAUUAAUAAAAUGUGUUUUGUUUCAUUUUACACA